AUGACAUGCUGCUGUUGCUGUCCACCUUGUUCACCUCCUGCACCGAGUUGUCCAAAAUCUGCAUGCGUUGGUGGUCCUCAGUGUCCUAGUGGAGGCGGUGGCUUGCCUCCCGGCUAUGAGCCUAGUUUACCACCACCACCUCCACCACCACCACCACCACCUCCACCACCACCUCCGCCACCACCACCACCUCCGCCACCACCACCUCCUCCUCCUCCACCACCACCACCAUCGCCAGCAUCACCACCACAGCCUCCACCAUCUGAACCUUAUGUUCCACCUGUUUCAAUUCCCGGUACUCUCCCUGCAGCUCCUUCGGCAGGAGUGCGACAGCCAAUCUAUCUAGUCAUUCCGCAAAUGACUAGUGGAGGUCCUGGCUGUGGUGUAGCUGUUACAGGUGGUAGUUUAGGUGGUUUGGGUGGCUUAGGAAGUUUGGGUGGGUUAGGUGGUCUAGGUGGCUUGAGUAGCGGUGGUUUGAGUGGAGGUGGAACUGGUGGCUUAGGCGGUGGUUACGGCGGCGGUGGUGGUGGAGGCGGUGGCGGUGGUGGUGGCCUUGGUGGCAUUAGUGGCGGCGGUGGAUGUCCUCCUAUUCCUCCUCCCAUUCCACCUCCCAUUGCUCCUCCAAUUCCUAGUGGUGGAAGUGGUGGAAGUUACGGUGCUCCAACGUCUGGUGCUAGUAGUGGAACCGGCUCCACUGGCAGUGGAGGUGGUUAUGGAAUUAGAUUUAUAUGA